GAUAUAAGUGAUGCAUGUGACCUUAAGAUAUUCUGAAUUCUCCCAGCAUGCAAUUCCUCCGUAACUGUUUCACUUUCGGUCUUGUUGAAGCUUCGUGCACAAGUCGACACACAGGUGAGAGGAUUUCCUGCUUACCACCAUGUUAGCAGCUCUUCUCCUACUGCUGCUUGCCUCCUUGUAUCCUUCAUCAGGAGCGCAGCUACCAGAUAAAAGCAAAGCCAAGGAGACCCCUGUAGCCACCAAUGGCCAGCCAUUUCCCUGGGACCGCAUGAGGCUUCCCAAAACCGUCUUUCCCCUUCACUAUGACCUGAGCCUUCACCCUAACCUCACCACCCUGGACUUCACUGGCGUUGUUCGUAUCCAGCUGGAUGUGAAGGAGGACACCAACACUGUCAUUCUCCAUGCCAAGCAGAUGCAGAUAUCCAACGUGCUGCUCCUGGCACCUGAAGGUGUGAGGCCUCUGCAGGUUUUGGAGUAUCCUCGUUCCCACCAGCUUGCCUUGGUGUCAGACAAGGUGCUGACCAAAGGUAGGAAGUAUGAAGUUCAGCUGGGGUUUGCUGCCAACUUGUCCGACAGCUUCCAUGGUUUCUACAAGAGCAGCUACCGCACCAGCAGUGGAGAAGUCCGGGUUCUGGCAUCUACACAGUUUGAAGCGACCUUUGCCCGAGGAGCCUUCCCCUGUUUUGACGAGCCCGCCUUCAAGGCUAGCUACACCAUCCGUAUUAUAAGAGAGCCACGCCACAUAGCCAUAUCCAACAUGCCCAAGGUAAAAACUGUGGAGUUGCCGGGCAAUUUGCUUGAGGAUCACUUCGACACCACUGUAAAGAUGAGCACCUACUUGGUGGCCUACAUUGUGUCUGACUUCAUGUCUGUGAGCAGAACUACUCAGCAUGGUGUCAAGAUUUCAAUCUAUGCUGUGCCUGAGAAGAUUGACCAGACAGCUUAUGCGCUGGAUGCUGCAGUCAAGCUGUUGGACUUCUACGAUGACUACUUUGAUAUUCCUUACCCACUACCCAAACAAGACCUGGCUGCUAUCCCUGACUUCCAAUCAGGUGCGAUGGAGAACUGGGGGCUGACCACCUACAGAGAGGCGGGCCUACUCUUCGACCCUGAAAAGUCCUCCGCUUCAGACAAGCUGGGUAUCACCAAAGUUAUCGCCCAUGAGCUUGCACACCAGUGGUUUGGGAACUUGGUGACGAUGGAGUGGUGGAAUGACUUGUGGCUUAACGAGGGUUUUGCCAAAUUCAUGGAGUUUAUUUCUCUCGACAUCACCUAUCCUGAGCUGCAUGUGGAUGACUUCUUUUUGGGAAAGUGUUUUGAGGCCAUGGAGGUAGACGGUCUCAGCUCUUCCCACCCAGUCUCCACCCCUGUGGAAAACCCCACACAGAUCCAGGAGAUGUUUGACGAUGUGUCGUAUGACAAGGGGGCAUGUAUCCUGAAUAUGCUACGAGAUUUCCUGACACCUGAGGUCUUUGAGAUUGGCAUUAUCCGAUACCUCAAGCGUUUCAGCUACCAAAACACUGUCAACAGCCACCUGUGGGAGAGCCUGACUGAUAUUUGCAAUUCAGAUGAUUUGAAAGAAGGCGGAAUGAAACACAAAGAAUUCUGCUCCAACCGCAACGUUCACUCUGAAGCCUCUAAAUGGUACUCUGGUGAUGAGCUGGAUGUCCGGGCCAUUAUGGACACGUGGACACUGCAGGAGGGCUUCCCGCUGGUCACUGUGGAGGUCAGAGGUCGCGAGGUUAGGCUCAGUCAGGAGCGUUACCUGAAGACAGAUGAUCCCUCGCUCACUGAAGGAUUCCUGUGGCAGAUCCCACUAACCUACAUGACCAGUGCCUCCAACACAAUCCAUCGUUUCCUGCUUAAGACAAAGUCAGACAUCCUGUACCUACCAGAGGAGGUGGACUGGGUGAAGUUCAAUGUGGACAUGAGUGGCUACUACAUGGUUCACUACAAAGGCGAGGGCUGGAAUUCUAUUAUCAAGCUGCUGAAACACAACCACACAGCCCUCAGCAGCAAUGACCGUGCCAGCCUCAUCCACAAUGUAUUCCAGCUGGUCAGUGUCGGGAAGGUCAGGCUGGACACGGCUUUGGAGCUGUCUCAGUACCUCUCCAAAGAGACUGCAAUCAUGCCUGUGACUCAGGGCUUCGGAGAGCUGGUACCUCUCUACAAACUGAUGGAGAAAAGAGAUCUGGUUGUUGUGGAGAACCAGAUGAAGAGUUACAUUGUAGAUCUGUUCCGGGGGUUGAUCGACCAGCAGGAGUGGAAAGACUCUGGUUCAGUGUCUGAGCGAGUGCUGAGAAGCUAUCUGCUGUUGUUCGCCUGCGUCAGGAAUUACGCUCCCUGUGUGACAAAAGCCACCCACCUCUUUAACCAGUGGAGGGACUCCGAUGGCAAAAUGAGCCUCCCUGUUGACAUCACCAUGGCUGUGUUUGUUGUUGGAGCUCGAACACCAGAGGGGUGGGACUAUCUGUUUGAGAAGUACCGCUCUUCAAUCCAACUGUCUGUAAAGAGCCGCAUGAAGACUGCGAUGGCAGUCAGCCCACUGCAAGACAAACUGAAAUGGAUGAUGGAGCAGAGCCUUAGUGGUGAGGUGAUGAAGACCCAGGACCUCCCGGGUGUGGUUGUCUCAGUCAGCAAGAACCCCCGUGGCUACAAACUAGGAUGGGACUUCCUGCGGGCCAACUGGCAUACCCUGAUCAAGAAGUUUGACCUGGGCUCCCACUCCAUAGCACACAUGGUGACUGGGGUGACCAAUCAGUACUCUACCAGGGAGAUGCUGGAUGAGAUAAAAAGCUUCUUCGGCUCUCUGACUGAGGAGGCGGGCUCAGAGAUGAGGUGUAUCCAGCAGACCUACGAGACCAUCGAGGAUAACAUCCGCUGGAUGGACACCAACUUUCCUCUGCUAAAGGCCUGGCUGGACAAACGCAACCACAGAGUUGCACAUGAUGAUUUAUAACUCCAGGGAAAGUCAAAAAAAAUGUUUAGAGUGAAAAAUUAUGUUGCUCAAGUUAGACAAUACUAGGGGUGUGGAAAUGGGUCACAUGACUCCACUCAGGAUGUGAUCACAGAUUUAAUGACUUCAUACUUAACGACAAAAAUCCAAAAAGCCCUUCAAUUCAAUUGAAGACCAGUAACCUCACCAAACACUAGGAUAACGAAACAAACAAACAAAUCAAAAACUGAAUAUAAUCACACAAGUCAGUAUGUUUUGGAGAUUGUGUCGUUUAAGUACAUAUUGAUUACCAAACUGACUCUCCUGACUUGGGACAAAUGUACCAGCAUUUUAGACUUACUUGUGACUUUUUCCACCUCAGUGUCACCUACAAGUGUUAAACUAAAUGCUGUAUUUUUUUAGACUCCAGAAGAGCUGAAAUGGUCAUGGUAGACUUCUUCAGUAUGUGAACAUAGACUUAAGGAACGCCUUAAAGAACCUCCAUAUGAUAGAGGUUUGUGAAGUUAUGAAUUAUGACAAAUGGGUCUUGAAGGAACCUCCUGGGUUCCCUAAUUGGUGUGUUCCUAGGAACUCGUUAAGGCUUUUCAAUUUUUUUUACAAGUGUAAUUUCCUACUGAAAGUGCUCACAAUAGAUACAAGUAGCCUGGACAUUUUUUGCUCAUAGCUGUCUGUGUCUGUGCACUAUAUAUGUUUAUGUGUGUGUGUGUA